AUGUCGGGACACCCUCAGGGAGGCUAUCACGACGAUAGCUACGCCCAACAACAGGGCGGCGACGCCUACUACCAUGAUGGCAAUCAAGCGUAUUAUGACAACAACCAGGAAUACCCGCAACAGCACGGCGGCGACGCCUACUACGAUGAAGCCGGUUACUACGACACCAACGGCCAGGGCCAGUACCAGCAAGAUGGCUACUAUGAGGGCAACCAAGGGUACCAAGAUGAGUACUAUAACGAUCAGUACUACGAUCAAGGUGGACCAGCUGCGGGACAGCAACCACAGUACAACCAGAACGGCAAUGGCGCGAAGCCUCGCCGCCGCGGCCACGACUCCGAAGAGGAAUCCGAGACCUUCAGCGACUUCACCAUGAGGUCUGACAUGGCCCGUGCAGCGGACAUGGACUACUACGGUCGCGGGGAUGAGCGGUACAAUGGCUACAACGACGGCCAAGGCGGUGGUCGUGGCUAUCGUCCUCCCUCCUCCCAAGUGUCCUACGCUGGUAACAGGUCGUCUGGUGCAUCCACACCCAUUUACGGCAUGGAGUACGGCAACGCUCUCCCAGCCGGCCAGCGUUCGCGAGAACCUUAUCCAGCGUGGACCUCUGAUGCUCAGAUUCCCCUAUCAAAGGAGGAGAUAGAAGACAUCUUUCUCGAUCUCACCGCGAAGUUCGGCUUCCAGCGAGACAGCAUGCGCAACAUGUUCGAUCACCUCAUGACGCUCUUGGACUCCCGUGCCUCCCGUAUGACGCCGAACCAAGCUCUUCUGUCACUCCACGCCGAUUAUAUUGGCGGUGAAAAUGCCAACUACCGGCGUUGGUACUUUGCUGCUCAUCUCGAUCUCGACGAUGCAGUGGGUUUCGCCAACAUGAAACUCGGAAAGGCCAACCGGAGGACAAGGAAAGCCCGCAAGGCCGCCAAGAAGAAGGCAUCCGAGAACCCGGGGAAUGAGGAGCAGACACUCCAGGCGCUAGAGGGUGACCAGAGCUUGGAGGCAGCAGAGUAUCGCUGGAAGACUCGGAUGAACCGCAUGUCCCAGCAUGACCGUGUCCGUCAGAUCGCGCUUUACCUCCUUUGCUGGGGAGAGGCCAAUCAGGUCCGGUUCAUGCCAGAAGCUCUCUGCUUCAUCUUCAAGUGCGCCGACGACUUCCUGAACUCCCCAGCUUGCCAGAACCGGGUGGAGCCGGUUGACGAGUUCACCUAUCUCAACAACGUCGUCACUCCGCUGUACACCUACUGCAGAGACCAGGGCUACGAGAUCCAAGACGGGAAGUACAUUCGCCGUGAGCGGGAUCAUGAAAAGAUUAUCGGCUAUGAUGACAUCAACCAGCUGUUCUGGUAUCCCGAGGGCAUCGAGCGCAUAAUAUUCGAGGACAAAACUCGGCUAGUAGAUCUGCCCCCUGCGGAGCGGUUUGAGAGGCUCAAAGACGUACACUGGAAGAAGGUUUUCUUCAAGACAUACAAGGAGACCCGCUCGUGGUUCCACAUGAUUGUCAACUUCAAUCGUAUCUGGGUCAUCCAUCUCACCACCUUCUGGUUCUACACUGCCUUCCACUCACCUACUUUCUAUACGGCGAACUACGAGCAGGAGCGGAACAACAAACCCAAUCCGGCUGCUCAAAUGUCAGCAGUGGCCCUCGGCGGUGCCGUCGCAACGUUGAUCAUGCUUAUUGCUACCUUGGUCGAGUGGUCCUACGUCCCUAGGAAAUGGGCCGGAGCUCAGCACUUGACGAAGCGCUUGUUCUUCCUCCUGGGAGUGUUCGUCCUCAACGUGGCACCCAGCGGGUACAUAUUUGGUUUUUCGCAGACUGGCACAAUUGCAAGAGUGCUUGGCAUUGUCCAGUUCCUCGUAGCCCUUGCGACAUUCCUAUUCUUCUCGAUCAUGCCGCUCGGUGGUCUAUUUGGAAGCUACCUUACCAGGAACUCGCGAAAGUAUGUUGCCAGUCAGACCUUCACUGCCAGCUAUCCGCGCCUCCACGGCAACGAUAUGUGGAUGUCGUAUGGUAUCUGGAUUCUGGUUUUUGCUUUGAAGCUCACCGAGUCAUACUUCUUCCUGACACUGUCUCUACGUGACCCGAUCCGCAUUCUCUCAACUAUGAAAAUCACCACAUGUGUGGGCGAUGCUAUCGUCAAGGACUAUCUGUGCUACUACCAGCCUAAGAUCCUCCUGGGUAUCAUGUUCUUCACCGACCUGUGUCUCUUUUUCCUGGAUACCUACCUUUGGUACAUCAUCUGGAACUGCAUCUUCUCCAUUGCUCGAUCGUUCUACCUUGGAGUGUCGAUCUGGACGCCGUGGAGAAACAUUUUCUCGCGCCUGCCCAAGCGAAUCUAUUCUAAGGUUCUUGCUACAACGGACAUGGAGAUUAAGUACAAGCCGAAAGUCCUGAUCUCGCAGAUCUGGAAUGCCAUCGUCAUCUCCAUGUACCGGGAGCAUCUCCUGGCCAUUGACCAUGUUCAGAAGUUGCUCUACCACCAGGUGCCAUCCGAGCAAGAGGGCAAGAGGACGCUCCGUGCACCGACCUUCUUCGUGUCCCAGGAGGAUCAUUCGUUCAAGACCGAGUUCUUCCCGUCCCACAGCGAAGCCGAGCGUCGUAUCUCCUUCUUUGCUCAGUCUUUGUCCACGCCAAUUCCGGAGCCUCUGCCGGUCGACAACAUGCCUACCUUCACCGUUAUGAUCCCUCACUACAGCGAGAAAAUUCUCUUGUCUCUUCGUGAGAUUAUCCGUGAAGACGAGCCUUACUCGCGUGUCACGCUUCUCGAGUACCUCAAGCAGCUCCACCCCCAUGAGUGGGAUUGCUUCGUCAAGGAUACCAAGAUUCUUGCAGACGAGACGUCGCAGUAUAACGGGGAUUAUGAGAAGAACGAGAAGGACACCGCCAAGAGCAAGAUUGAUGACCUGCCGUUCUACUGCAUUGGCUUCAAGUCAGCCGCACCGGAGUAUACUUUGCGCACCCGAAUCUGGGCUUCUCUCCGUUCGCAGACUCUCUACCGUACGAUCUCUGGCUUCAUGAACUACAGCCGCGCUAUCAAGCUCUUGUACAGAGUCGAGAACCCGGAGGUUGUGCAAAUGUUCGGUGGCAACUCUGACAAGCUCGAGCGGGAACUCGAACGCAUGGCCCGACGCAAAUUCAAGAUCGUCGUCUCCAUGCAGCGCUAUGCCAAGUUCUCGAAGGAAGAGCGCGAGAACACUGAGUUCCUCCUCCGUGCUUACCCCGAUCUCCAGAUUGCGUACCUCGAUGAGGAGCCUCCUGUCAACGAGGGUGAAGAUCCUCGGUUGUAUUCUGCGCUGAUCGACGGUCACUCUGAGAUCAUGGAGAACGGCAUGCGCCGUCCGAAGUUCCGCGUCCAGCUCUCUGGCAACCCUAUCCUUGGUGACGGCAAAUCCGACAACCAGAACCACUGCAUCAUCUUCUACCGUGGCGAGUACAUCCAGCUUAUCGAUGCUAACCAGGACAACUAUCUCGAGGAAUGUCUCAAGAUUCGAAGCGUUUUGGCUGAGUUCGAAGAGAUGACAACGGACAAUGUCUCUCCAUACACCCCAGGUAUCCCUCCGGCCAACUUCAACCCUGUUGCUAUCCUUGGUGCUCGUGAAUACAUCUUCUCGGAGAACAUCGGUAUUCUCGGCGAUGUCGCAGCCGGCAAGGAACAAACGUUCGGUACUCUUUUCGCUCGUACACUGGCUCAAAUCGGUGGCAAGCUGCAUUACGGCCAUCCGGAUUUCCUCAACGGUAUUUUCAUGACAACGCGUGGAGGUGUCUCCAAGGCUCAGAAGGGUCUGCAUCUCAACGAAGACAUCUACGCCGGCAUGAACGCUCUCAUCCGUGGUGGUAGGAUAAAGCACUGCGAGUACUACCAGUGUGGCAAGGGUCGUGAUCUUGGUUUUGGCUCAAUUCUCAACUUCACUACCAAGAUCGGUACUGGCAUGGGCGAGCAGAUGCUGUCUCGUGAGUACUACUACCUUGGCACUCAGCUUCCUCUCGAUCGGUUCCUGUCCUUCUACUACGCACAUCCUGGGUUCCACGUCAACAACUUGUUCAUCAUGUUGUCGGUGCAAUGCUUCAUGUUCGUCAUCAUCAACCUAGGAGCUCUCAGGCACGAGACGAUCGUUUGCAACUACGACAAGGACGUACCGAUCACUGAUGCCUUGUUCCCUACCGGAUGCGCCAAUCUGGUGCCAAUCUUCGACUGGGUGGAGCGCUGCGUUGUUUCGAUCUUCAUCGUCUUCUUCAUAUCGUUCGUGCCCUUGGUCGUCCAGGAACUGACAGAGCGCGGCUUCUGGCGUGCGGCAACUCGUCUUGCUAAGCACUUCUCGUCUUUUUCGCCGUUGUUCGAGGUGUUCGUCUGCCAGAUCUACGCCAACUCGCUGACUCAGGAUCUGUCCUUCGGCGGUGCCAGGUACAUUGGUACUGGUCGUGGUUUCGCCACCGCUCGUAUUCCGUUCGGUAUCUUGUACUCCCGCUUCGCCGGGCCAUCGAUCUACAUCGGCGCAAGGUCCUUGAUGAUGCUUCUGUUCGCUACCUUGACCACCUGGGGCGUAUGGCAAAUCUACUUUUGGGUGUCGCUGCUGGCCCUCUGCAUCUCGCCGUUCCUGUUUAAUCCCCAUCAAUUCGCCUGGAACGACUUCUUCAUCGACUACCGAGAGUACCUCCGAUGGCUGUCUCGCGGAAACACCAGGUCCCACAGCGCCUCUUGGAUUGGCUUCUGCCGACUGUCCCGAACCCGGGUGACUGGUUACAAGCGAAAGGCCCUUGGUGAUCCCUCAGCUAAGCUGUCUGGCGAUGUUCCUAGAGCUCAUUUUACGAACAUCUUCUUCAGUGAGAUCCUCGGCCCGCUUGUUCUGGUCGCUAUCACGGUAAUACCAUACCUUUUCAUCAACUCGCAAAUCGGUGUUACCACGGAGACCAACCCAGAUCUGUCUUCAGGGGACAUUAAGCCUACGAACUCUCUCAUUCGAGUCGCGCUUGUUGCUGUCGGCCCCAUUGCCGUCAACGCUGGUGUCCUCGCGGGUUUCUUUGGUAUGGCUUGCUGCAUGGGUCCACUUCUGAGCAUGUGCUGCAAGAAGUUUGGCGCCGUCUUGGCUGCGAUAGCUCACGGCAUCUCGGUCUUCAUGCUGCUGGCCUUCUUCGAGGUCAUGUUCUUCCUCGAAGGUUGGGAUUUCGCCAAGGCCCUGCUUGGGAUGAUCGCUGUCGUCGCCAUCCAGCGUUUCAUCUUCAAGCUCAUCAUCGCUUUGGCUUUGACCCGCGAGUUCAAGUCCGAUACCGCGAAUAUCGCCUGGUGGACCGGCAAGUGGUACGCCAUGGGCUGGCACACUCUCUCCCAGCCUGGCCGUGAGUUCCUUUGCAAAAUCACCGAGCUCGGCAUGUUCGCCGCCGACUUCAUCCUCGGUCACUUCAUCCUGUUUGUCAUGCUCCCAGUGCUUCUGAUACCGUACAUCGACAAGUUCCACUCGGUCAUGCUGUUCUGGCUCCGUCCGAGUCGUCAAAUCCGACCUCCCAUCUACUCACUGAAGCAGACCAAGCUGCGAAAGCGACGGAUCAUCCGCUACGCCAUCCUUUACUUUGUCAUUCUCAUCGUCUUCGUCUGCCUGAUCGUUGGUCCGAUCGUCGCGAGCAGAUUCCUGACGGGUCUGCCGGAGAUGCCUAUGGAUCUGAUGCAACCGACUGGUCUCAACAACAACGAUACUCUCGGUGCGACGAUUACCGGCACCGGUCUAGGCGGCGGCGACGCGGUCUCGACCGCUACGGCCACCGCGGACAGGCUCAUGCGCUAUGCAUUCUCGUAG